AACAACAACAAAAUAUCAGACAUUCAAGAGAUGGAUAAGCUUGUUUCAAUCUGGUCAAAAAGCAAACCUUUGCCUGAAUCCUAUGUAUUCCCACCAGAAACAAGACCCGGCAACCUCAAUGUUCUUACUUCCAAAACCAUCCCGGUUAUCGAUCUCCGUCAAAAUCGAGCCGAUGUUGUUCACCAGAUUCUGAAAGCCGGCGAAGAGUAUGGAUUUUUCCAGGUUGUUAAUCAUGGAGUUCCAGAAGAUGUGAUGAAUGAAAGCAUGGGUGUGUUCAAGGAGUUCUUUGAGAUGCCUGCCGAGGACAAGACCAUGCUUUAUUCCGAGGAUCCCACAAAUAGAUGCAGGCUUUCGACGAGCAGCGCAAAUUAUGCUCGGGAAAAGGUUCACCACUGGCGUGACAAAUUGCGACACCCUUGUCAUCCUGAUUUACAAGACUGCGUCAAACUUUGGCCUCAAAAGCCAAUUAGAUACAGGGAAGUUGUGGCAACAUUUUCGAUUGAGUUAAAGAAACUUGGUUCGUGGAUCCUGGAGUUAGUUGCUGAAGGGUUAGGAUUAGAAUGUGGAUACUUUGGGGAUAAAUUAAGUGAAUCUAUGAUGCUAUCAGUUAACCAUUACCCACCCUGUCCUGAUCCGAGUUUGACUCUGGGAUUAUCUAAACAUUGCGAUCCUGAUAUCAUUACCAUCCUCCUCCAGGGAGGUGUGAAAGGGCUCCAAGUCUUCAACAAUGGUGAAUGGAUUAGUGUUGAGCCCUUGCACAACGCUUUCAUCGUCAACAUUGGAAGCCUGUUACAGAUUGUAAGUAACGACAGGCUGAAGAGUGUGGAACAUCGGGUUGUAACGAACUCGAGGGUUGCUCGAACAACGGCUGCCUUCUUCAUUUCCCCAUCCGAUGAUAGCAUCAUAGAGCCCGCGAAAUCUCUAACCAGUGACGCUUCAGUUUAUAGAGCUUUCGGUUUCAAAGAAUUCAUGCUUCACUACUUACCCAACUUGGAAAACAAUGAAGUCGUUAUGGAGCAUUUUAAAUUGCAAGCUUAAUUGAUAUAAUUUAUGUAAGAAAUAUGAUGCUAACUCCACUCUGUGUCAGUAUAUUGUAUAUCUAAUAUUAUCAUACAGCUCUCCUGUUCCUCCAUUGAAAUCCCAUGGAGACCAUU